ACUGCCUCUUUUAAGUGAAUUUUGGUACUUGACUCCAGUGGGUGAAAACCGGGAGUCCGAUGAGUGUUUUGGUGGCUUGAACCGUUUUGUUUCUGAAUUGCCACGUCAGGAUCUGGUCAACAUCCAUCACAUUGGUUUCAGCUCACGGUGAAUCGCGAGGGUGUAGCAGUGGGUUGGAAGGUUUCUUUUUUUUUUUUUUUUGCACGUUUGUAUAUUUUAAGCGAUUUGCACAAGGAACCACACGCCUCCCGUAUCACCUUGUCUCCGGUGUGAAGUCGUGGAUUGUCCGCUUUUCCAGACUGAAGCCGAAGAGUAGAAACCAGGCGCUGUUUUACAAUCAUCUGAAGGACAGUUAUUGAGUUGGAGAACGCAUCCAUUAUCCCUGGGUUCAGUGUGUGAGCACCACUAAAUCCAGCAAGCAUAUCAAGCAGCAACUGAUUGUCAGGAAAUAUUGGCGAUGAAACCUGAUGGGGUGGCCACCGCACCAUCUGAACCAAUGGAAGCUGAAGGAACAGAACCCAUAACAGAACCAACCAGCAAUGACGGGGUGUCUCAAAAUGGGACUAUACCAUCACCCCCACAACCUGAUGAACCCCAAAAUGAGCAAGUGGCUCCUCCAACUGCUAAAGAAGCUUCUGGUAAAACAGAUGCUAAAAGCAAAUCCAAAGGCCCAGUCAAAGGCAAGAUUGCUGCAGGUCCAGCUACCACUGGACCAGGCACGCAACCAAAAGCAACCCAAAGCCGUGUGGCUAAUGGCCUCACAAAGACAGCAUCGAAUGCUCCAACCAAGAAACCCAUUCCAUCUAGCACUGCAGCAGCAGACAAGAAGAAACCCACCACUACCGUUGGAUCUUCUGGUCCAAGUAAGAAACCUGUUGGCUCUUCUACUGCCAUUACAACCUCAAGGGCCCAGCCUAAAGCAACAACUGCUGGCACAAACAAAUCAACAACAACAAACACCACAGCUAGUGGACAAAAGGCAGGACUGACUGCCAGCGCAGCCACCAGCCUGAGUAAGAGACCUGCCACAGCUGCCACUAGUGCUGCAACCAAACCCAAAACCACAGCUCCUGCUCCAAGGCCAGCUGCUGCCCCUGCGGCCAAACCCAGCACUUCAGCCACAGCCAAAACCACUGCAGCUCCCAAAACUAACAGGGCUACUGGAAGUUCUGCCCCACGACCAGGUGCUACCUCAUCUACCGGAAGAACAGUAACUGGUACAACUAUAUCAUCUACUUCUGCAGUUCCUAGAACAAGCCGCACUGCUACUAAAUCCCUUAUUACAGCAUCAGAUGCUCGGAAAGAUGCUGGAAAAACAAGAACUAUGGCACCUGCGAAAAAAACUGUUCCCUCAACAAUAUCUCGAUCUGCUGCCAGCAAGCCUUCAAAUUCAGAGGCUCCAAAACCUGCUGCAGCUACCAAACGACCUCCACCUAGCAUCAAAGCACCUCAACCCAAACCAGAUGACAAAAAAAGUGUACCAACACGUAAGGUGCCUUCUAGUUCACGAAACAACCCCUCACGGCCAGCAUCAAGCAAAAACAUUGCAGCAUCUCCCAGUCACAAACAACCAGGUAGCAUGGUCAGUGCGAAGCUUCAGCCUGCUAAACCAACACAGUCCGUCAAUGGAAAGCCUAAUGAUAAAGAACCUGCAACAAAACAUGAUGAUAAAGAACCGGCAUCAAAAUCUGAUGAUAAAGAACUUGCUGCAGUACCUGAUGAUAAAGAACCUGCAGCAGAACCUGUGCAACUUUUGGCAGCUGCAGUAGCUACAGUAGCUGUAGCAACAGCUGCAGCCAUAGCCAGGGAAGAGUCUGUUUCAAGGCCUGAAGCUACUCCAACUGUAGAGAGUUCUCUGGUUGUUCCAGCCUCUUCUUUAGAUGUUCAGGAAAUGGUAGAUGUGCAGGUCACUGAUGUCAGCUCUCAAAGUGUGCUGGAUAUUUCUAACAUGGAGCCAGAGGCUCAUGAAGCCUUAAUAGAUGCUGGUUCUGUUGAAGUAGCUUGUCCGACGUCAUCUGUAGUCGAUCAGGAUAAGCAGGUUUCUGGAAAAGUUGAUGAAAAGCUUAUUGCAGAGGCACCAGUUGCUCAGGAAGCAACUGAGCAGGAAAGCUUAUCUGACCCACAAUUGAAUAAAGCUGCAGCUACCAUAGUGUCCUCUGGUGUAGAGGUGGCUGAAAAAGCUGAACGGAUUAACAGUGACUGUUAUGAAGAUGUGGAAGAUGAAGAGAGGGAAGGUAGUCAACAAGUGUCACUGUCAGAAAUGAGUGGCACCCAGCCUACAGAAGAGUCUCGACCUGGGUCAGCUGGGCUUGCCAGCUCAGUUUGGCGUGCAGGGGCCUUGCUCUCUGAGCUUGACUCUGAGGAUGUUAGUUGCAGCCAGCAGGGAGCAUCAGAGCUAAGUGCUCCAGGCGUCCUGGAGGGCACGGAGAGCAUGGAUGAUUUAGGGGAUGCAAGCCUUAAAGGAGCUGAUGGCGAAGGUGCAUCUGUUGGGUCCCCUGACUUUGAGAAAGUUUCUGAUAUUCUUACUAACGAAGAUGAUGACGAAGAUGAUGAUGACCGAAUCUGUGACAUGGAGGUUGAGUCUGAAAGAGCAGAGGACUCUCAUAGGCAGCAUCAUGACAAUGAGGAUGAUGAUGAUGAAGAUGUAGAAAUGGCAAGCGAGGGCAUUACUGAGAGUGGGCUUGAAAGUUAUGGGAAUGCAGAUGAGGAUGACUUGACCGAAGACUAUAGAUUAGACAACUUAAACCGAAUCCAGCCUCCUCCUAUGGUUCCUUCUGCUCCUCCAGCAUCCCAGUGGAACCAGCCUAGUUGCUUUGCUGAUGUCUGGGCCCAGCCACCGCAACCUGCUUCUACACUUCUUUCAAGUCCUUCUUCUGAAUGUUGGCAAGCAGACCCAGAAACCCCAACACAGACACCUGCUCAAGCAAGACUUGAUGUUAGCUCUGAAAGGGGCUCUCCAUCAAAGCUAUUGGAGCCUCCACCUUGCACACCUCAACAAGCCCCAAUAUCUGCUGCAGAGGGGAAUGUUAGCCCCAAACCAGGCUUGACACACUCUCAAACCUGCAAGUUCCAGCCUGAUACUUCCAGUGACCCUGACCUAGCAUCUGACAGUAACAGAGAGACAAGUUUACCAGAAGAGGUGAAAGACGACAACUUAUCGGCAACUAAUGAAACCCAUUCUAAAGUGGAGCUCCAGGAAGAACCAGUAAACCCUGCCGCCACUGUCUUGCCGGACAUCAUGCAGGAUUUAGGUAUCCACCUUGAAUGUGGUAAGAAGGAAGAGGAACCUGAAACUCUGCCGGCUGAUGACGUACUAGGUGGUCCAGCAACUGCUCUAUCAUCUCCUUCAUCAGCUACUGAGGCUGAGGCAAGUGACACAGAAGGUGAAAUGCAGAUAAGUGACCCUCAAGCUGAGUUGUCUGGCACUGUGAAUGCCUAUGGAACAGCACCUGCAGGCCGCAACUUGUCAACUCUAGAGGAAUGUGAAGAAAUGAGUGGGGAAAAUGGUGGUGGUGGUAGUGAGACCCCUCAGUCUGCCACUUCUGCUGCAUCCUAUGGCUUUGACUACAUGACCUCAAACUCCAAUGCCCAGUCAUCUGCCGAGAGUUGCAGCAAGAGUCCUGGCAUCUUUUCUCUAGAAAAUGAAGAGCAGCUUCCAGAUGAGGCCAAGGAUCUAUCUCUUCUUAAAGAGUUGACCAUGCUACCCAAUACUGCAUCUGAGGAAAAGAUUGACCCUAUUAAAAGCCAACAUGGAGAGUUCCAGUCUCACCCAGAGCAGCAGUACAUGCUGUGUGGAGAGUCCAGUGAGCUGCUUGAGCCCGAUUCAGCAAGAGCUGUACCCUUAGAGUCUGGCUUGAUGGAUCCUUCGUCCCGACAGCACCAAGAAGAAGAACCAGAGCUUGACUCUCAGCAUCCCUACUACUCCACUAUAUGCGAAAAGACUGAUAGUCCCCUGGCAGAAGGAAAUUCUCAUUUUCCACCACAACCAAAUGACUUGCUUUCUAUCCAAAUGACAAUGUCGUCCAAACUUCGUCUCCGGCCACGUGCUCCCCAUGUGACCCAGCCACCACGGCUUCCCACUGACCUCCCUCCCAGAAUAUCUAAUGUGGUGUCAAACACUCAGCUCCGAUGUCUAGAGCAACACCAACAGCACCUUCAUGAAAUCCAGCAACGUCAGGGGAAACGUGAUCGAGAACAAGCGAGACAAGAAGAAGAGGAGAAACAAGCAAGGAAUGAGAGAGAGCAGCAGGAGGAAGAACAGAGGGUAAAUUUACUUGAGUUGCAACUUAAGCAGCAAGAGCAAGAACGAAAGCAGCGACAGCAGAUCAUGCAGUGGCAACAAGAACUUGAACAACAACAACAACAACAGCAGCAAAAACAAAAGGUGCAUACACCAGUUGUCCUCUCUCCUUCAUCAGGUCUCACCACCAUCUAUGAAACUGUGGAAACGAGUGACGAAGAGGAAGAGGGACAACAAGUGGUUGAGGAAUUGGAAGAUAAUAGCUCCUUUAUUGCGUGCCCUGGAGAAGACAUGCAAAGAUGCACUGAAGAAAAUUACUCCAAUGAUCUUUAUUCACAAUGCACAACACCUUCCCCUGAGUCUGUUAUUCAGGGUCCCCAGCGAGAACUUCAGGAGACAGACCCUGCAGCAGACCAAGACAGUCCUUCUCCCUUGGGAUCUCCUGAGCGACCUCCGCAUCUGGAGUUUGACUGGGGCAAGAAAGUGGACAUUGUCCAGCAGCUCAUCAAGCAGUCAUUACUGCUUGCAGGUGAUGGUUGCUCGCCCCUUCUUCUGCUACCUGGAGGAGCAGGUGGGACACUCAGCCCCCUGGAAAGCAGCCUGUGGCCCAACAUGCUGCCACCUCUGACACCCCCUUCAGCCACUGUGACGUCUGUGAGCAGCUUCUCACCCGAGGCUCCAGGCAGCUCUGCUCAGGGUGAGUGGACCGUUGUAGAGCUGGAGACACAUCACUGAGGAAAGCUGAAUGAAACGUUUGCCAAAUAUGAACUUUUGAACUCAAAAGACUUUAGAUGAAGGUCCACCAGUAGGGAAGCGCAUGUAGCAUUAGAUAAUAGAGCCUUCUCUUUAUAACAUCUUACAGAUGAUUUAGUCUAGUCAUGGAUUUGACUGGUUCAACUAUUUUUGUUCUGCAUUAUUUCACCAAGUGUUGGGGUAGAAAAUUGUGUGAACCUGAAACUGCAGAACAGUGUGCUGGAUUAUCACCAUCUUGCUCUCUGUUUGGUUUGUCUUCCUCCUGAGAGUUCUUCUAGUGCAGUGAGCUUGCAUUCCACUCCCCACCCAUCCAAAAGCAAUAUCAGCCAUAUCAGACCUGCCCUCAUGCCAAAAGGCCAUUUCCUUGAGGUUUAAUGGAGAUGUCUGGCUUGCUUGAACUACAUACAUUUAUCUCUUAGUCAUUAUUGAGCCCUCUACCCACAAUGCAGGCAAGAUGCCAACUCGGUGACUGAGCAAGUUAAAACAAAAUGGGCUCCUUUCUUCUCGGAGCAGAAGAUCUUUUGCAAAAGAUAAAAGCAGGUUUAAAAUUCAGAUCAAGCAGGCAUUUUUUGUUCUUGCACUAUGUUAAUUAGAAAAACCCAAACUGGUUUUAUUCAGAUCUUGUUCAAUGGCACGAAAUGCUGUAAUUGAAUAAUUAAUUAAUUGUGCAUUCUACUGUUUGACUCAAGAUUUGCAGGACAAAACUACAGAGUGAAGGAGAGUAUUUUGAAGUAAAUUUGCUGAUUCGACAACUGUAGUUGUUCCAAAUGAAAUAUUUAAUUCUUUGAGUAACUGU